GUAACACGAAUUAUAUUUAUUUUUCUUCAUCCAAGGCGUGUUUUUGACGAAAUUCUGGAAGAUGAUGAUAGCUUUUUCAUACACGUCACGUGCGUUGAUAGCCUAACAAGAUGCGUAAAUGCGCCCAAAAUAUUGUGCAUUGGGUUCCGGCUUGGUUCCGGCUGUUUACCGUUAAAUUCUACGUGCCUUAUUAUCAUGUCAACAUGGAGCUCCCGUUUACGAUAAACAUACAGGUGUUAAACGUAUAUUUAGACACCAAUUCAAGUAUGCAAGUCAGCAACCUAAAUCUGCUUAGUACGCAUGGACAAGUCUGAUGAUGAAGAAAAAUCGACUGGUGUGACAGAUGGCAAUGAUGAAACUGAACACAAGCAGGAGGCAGGUGAAAGUCAUGACAGUGAUGAGGAGCUUCCGUCCGAAGAAGCUGACUUUAUUGCGCUGCCUGCUCGCACAAGCCUCGUUAGAUACUUUGUUAUGGUUACGGUAGCAAUUACUUGGAUAUCAUUUAUCAUCGCGUGUGGAGUAACGACAUAUCUUGGAGUUAUAUCGAAACCCAUAUUGGAUCCAAGCCGUUUCUUCUACGCCGGCUGCUACAUUGGAAUGACUUCGUGCAUUGUUGGAUUUGGAGGCGCCGAGGACAUUCAUAAACAAACUCUUUGGAUAUAUUGUGCUCUGCUGUCUUUGGCGUUGUGCUUGACAUUGUGUGGCAUCAUCGGUACUGGAGGUGUGAUACUUCAUGGAGCUCUGGACAAUGACACAUCAGUGUGGACGGUCGAUCCCGAAAGGUUUCGACGGUCAUUUAUUGUUUCCUACAAUGAAACGUAUUUUGAUGGAUACGUCCCAAAUAUCCGCCAUCAAAAGAAGAAAUCAGGAUUAACAUCUCUCAUAACCUCACGGAAGGCGGCGGCGAUAGAUUAUGACCAUCGAAUGUGGAAGCAAUUCAGUGAUCCAACGGUUCUCACCAAUAUGACCGUAACUCUUAUAGUGUUCGAGGUUAUAUCGUUAAUACUUGGUCUUUGUCUUCUCAAAUUUUCUGGUGAUCAGUGGUGGAUUCUUUGGCGAAUAGACAUGUAAAUAGCACUACUGUGUCAAGUUUCAAACGGUUACAAAUGAACGAAGCCUUCCUAAUACCUGUGCAGUGUAUAUAGCCCCAAGUUGAAAACGCGACGAUUGAUUGCAUUGCAUUGCUGGACUGAAAAAUGAUGAUCAGAGAAUUGCUACAAAAUGGCGGGGGUGGUCCGGUGGCUGCACGUACCCGUCAGGACCGAGCGGCGGCGAGCGGCGGCGGAGGAGAGCAGCGCGACACUAGUCACGGAACAGACCGCCCGGCGGCGCCAGCAGCGCUCGGCAUGAUGCGACCAGUGCGACACUGCCGCUCGGGGCCGGCGACCUCGUCCGACUCUGCCGACAGCGGCAGCCCCAUCGACGACGAGCUGCUGUCGGCACCGGCGCAGCCCUCCAACGGCCACGACCGGCCCCUGAAGACACUGCACACGCCCGAGGAUCCGAAGCUGAAGCCGCGCCACCCGUGCUCGGUGUGCCACCAGCUGUUUGCUCUGCGCAGCACGUGGCACGAGCACAUGCGCGAGGCGCACGGCAUCACCAAGCCGUUUGACUGCGACGAGUGUGGUAAGAGGUACUCGAUGCUGGGCGCACUCAACUACCACCGUCUGACCACCCAUCGGGGAGUGGUACACGCGUGCAAAACGUGCGGCAAGAGGUUCAUGACUAAGCCCGGCCUGGUGCGGCACGCCCGCUCCCAUUUCGGCGGUGUGUACGUGUGUGAGGACUGUGAGAAGACCUACCCGACCCGGGACAGCCUGCGUCGUCACAGACAGCAGGUCCACAUGGGUGAGAAGCCGCACGUGUGCCAGUACUGCCAGGAGCGGUUCGGCGCCAGCCACAGUUUGAACCGGCACGUGAAGCGGCGCCACUCGACGGGACCGGCGGCAGCUCCGGCGCCGCCGACCGCCUCCGAGCACAACUGUCAGCUCUGCCUGAAACCGUUCUCAUCGGCCGAGGCUCUGCGGAAGCACGUGCAGAGCAUGCACCGACACGCCCAGUAUCAGUGUGAGACGUGCCUGCGUCGAUUCUACGACCUGAGCAACUACACCCGACACCGGGACGCCAAGUCGUGCGUGGCCGCCGUCAGCGUGGACCUGCAGGAGGCGCCGACGAUCUCUGUCGUGGCCGCCCCGGCCGCCAGCGUCGUGACGGGCGUUACGGCCGUCACAGCCGUGACGGCCGUCACCGGGGUGACCGGCGAGACCAUCAAGCUGGAGCCGGUGAAGCUGGAGCCGCUGCAGCCGCUGGAGCCGGCGCCGGCCGGCGCUGAGCAGGCCGACCCGGCCGCCGCCGCCGCCGCCGCCGAGAUGGAACUGGACGCCGACGAGACCAACGAAUUCGCGGCCGCCUCGGCUGAGGACGAGUUCGCCGAGUUUGCGCGGCGCUACGGCGAGGCGGCGCCGGCCGGAGACCACGUGGAGCUGCAGCCGGUGGACGCCGUUGAGCUGCACGCGCUGGAGCCGGCUGUCCCGGCCGAGCUGCCGGCCGCCGAGGCCGCCGCCGUGGCCGUCGAGCAGCCGACCGUACUGCUGCCGCUGACCCUGGCCGAGCCGCUGGUGGCCGGCGGACAGGAUGUUUACGUCACCCUGUACCCGGCAGGCGAGAGCAACGGCCACCGGUUCGUCUGUCUGCAGGACGGAGAGAGCACAGUGUUCGCUGAGGCGCCGCUCAUCGCCGAGCACGUGCUCAACGUCAACUAGCGCGCGGAGAGCGGAGAAAACGGAGACAGACGAGCCGCGCUGCCCCUGACGGCCGUCAGCUGAGGCGCCGAGACGGACUAGCACGGGUUCCAGAGGCCAGCGCGAGCGGCCCAGUCAGAUCAUCAUCAAACAGCCUCGGGCCGCGGCUGCCGCGGGCAGACCUCGCGGCGUCCCCACGUGCGAGUGUGACGCUUGAAAACAGAGCACGCCUUGGAGAGAGGAGAGUCAUGGACGAACCGAUCAGGUAGAGCGCCCACGAUACUGGGUUGUAGUCGAUUACACCUCAGAUCGCUGGCGCCCGUCGCCUUUCGCGCUUACUUAAGUUAUUCUGAAUCUUUAUUUUCUAACUUAAUUCGCAUGUUUACCGUGCAUACCGCUCUCGCCUUUGUCUGUGUGUGUAUGUGCGAGACGGUGACUCUGAAGAAAUGUCAGACAGACCCCUAGUCAUGAAAUGCGAGGCUUUGACGUCGAGCACAAAUAACCCAUACUAGUCAAUCGUUGAUCGUCAAUUAGGGGGUGCCGCUCGGCGGACCCUCUCACUCAUUGCGCCGCCUGUGUCGCGCCCGCGUCGUGUUUGUGUUUGUCGCACCUCUUUUUGUUGUCGCGUCCGCGCAGUGUGCGCGGGAAGUCAAAUGGCGCGCCCGCCAUGCACGUAGCUAGUCCUUGUAGCGUAUCUAGUCAGUCGACCGCGCCCCGCCAGCCGACCGCGGCCGGCGGGUGCUGCGUCCGACUCGUGUGUGCGUUUCUGUUUCGUUAGAAUAGCGCUGUGUGUGUAUGUUUGUGUGCGUGCAUGUGUUGAAGCCCACCGGACUGUCGCGUGAAAUCUAGUCAUAGCUUUUGCUGGUCACCGGUGUCAUUCGGCGUGAGUUGCGUAACGGGCAAAGCGCGACGGUUCUCCCGAAAACCGAACCAAAUUACAGUGCUAGUCCAGUGAAGCCAUAUGUAUUCGUCCCAGAACUGCAUGUAGCACACACUCUUAUGCCUACACACAUGCUUGGUGUUUUCCUAUGUGGUGAGCGCGUGCGUCGUGUUCAUGUCGCCGGCUAAAUACACCAGCUGGAGAAGA